UUCAAAGGUGUUCUGGGAGUUGUAGUCAGAGGUUCCGGGCCCUCCGAGGACGUUAGCUGCCCUCUGAGCUCCCAGGGAGGAUGGAUCCCGGGACGGACUCGGCGCCGCUUACCGGCCUGGUUUGGUCGUCGGCCUCGGCGCCACCGCCGCCGGGUUUCAGCGCGAUCACCUGCACCGUGGAGGGCGGUACAGCCAGCUUCGGCCGUGGCUUCGCGCAGAAGGCCGGCUACUUCCUGUGCCUGAGCACAAUGGGCAUCCCGGAGAACCCUCAGGACAAUGUGGUAGUGGACAUGCAGAUCGUGAUGGACAAGGGCCCCCUGCCGUCAGGCUUCUCUACAGUCAACGACCCUCAGGAUAUCAAGGCCUCUGUGUCCAAGAAGAAACGCAUGUGUGUGAAGCUGAUGCCCCUGGGGACAGCUGACGUGGUUGUGAGUGAUGUGAAGCUGAGUGGGAAGGCCAAGACCGUGCCUGGAUACCUGCGAGUGGGGGACAUUGGUGGCUUUGCCAUCUGGUGCAAGAAAUCCAAAGCCCCAAGGCCGGUGCCCAAGCCCCGCACGCUCAACCAGGACAUGCGAGGCCUCUCACUGGACCCACCCAAAGAGCCCAGCAAAGGCAGCCACCCAGAGCGGACACUGUCCAGGCUGGGCUCUCGGGCCUCCACGCUACGGAGGAACGACUCCAUCUACGAGGCAUCCAGUCUCUAUGGCAUCUCAGCCAUGGAUGGAGUCCCCUUUACCCUGCACCCGAGAUUCGAGGGCAAGAGCUGCGGGCCCUUGAACUUGACUGCCUUUGGGGACCUGACAAUUAAAUCACUAGCAGACAUUGAGAAGGAGUAUAACUAUGGCUUCGUGGUGGAGAAGACCGCAGCUGCACGCCUGCCCCCCAGCGUCUCAUAGGCCAGCCCCAGGGGCCACCUGGCCACCUCCUGCCUUGCAGCACCGCUGAUUGACACCCAGCCUCUCAGCCGGGCUGCUUGCACAAAGGGUCUCUUGCCUGGUGGUGCAGGGGUGGCUGGGGCAGAGCAGCAGCCUUCUCUCGUCAGAAGUCUGUGUCUAGAGGCCACAUAUGCACCAGCAGUAAACAAUACCUGGGACCUAC